AUGGAUUCAGCUAAAGUGUGCAGAUUUCUGGCAGCCAGCUUCCUCCUCCUCCUCACUCUCCUGGGGGAUCCCGCAGCAGCCUGCAGUCAUGAAAAACACCCCCAAAAUGUAUACUGCUCUUCUACUAUUGUGAUAAAAGCUAAAUUUGUGGGAGUCACCGAGCAUGAAUAUUAUAAAGACUAUCCGGUAUUGAUGAAACGGUAUGAGAUCAUAACUACCAAGGUGUUCAAAGCCCCUGAGGGGAUGCAAGAUAUUCGCUUCAUCUACUCGUAUCCUCUCUGCAGAUAUGAUCACUUCAGCCCUCUCGACGGAAAGGAAGAGUACGUCAUUACAGGGUUGUUGGAUUCUGAUCAUGUCGGUAUCUCACUAUGUGACUUCAUCCAGCCAUGGGCUGAGCUAACUGCUGCACAGAAGCGAGGCGUGAGUUCAGAUUAUAGUGCAGGCUGCAGCUGCACUGUAGGGCCCUGCACUUCCAUGCCAUGUUCACUCUACUCUACAAACCAGUGCCUGUGGACAGAUCGGAACACACAGAUAUAGGGUGACUUCCAGGCCAAAUGCUUAGUUUGCUUGCCAAGGCUCAAAGCCUAG